AGGUAACAAGUUUUUAAAACAAAUUGCGAGACACUAAUGACAUUGGAUUGCAAUCUGUUACCAAGAUUUUACAACUGUGAUUUAUUUUUCAAUGAAGUUUUUCUACUCUAAUGAUUUUAAGAUCAUUAUUAGAAGUUUUUAUAAAUUUGUCAUCCAGAUUUCCAAGAUUGUCCCUAAUCUGUGUUGCUUAUGGAUUAGUUGUGUAUGCUCUUUGGAUGAAUGAAUAACUUGUUUGGCUAGAUAUGAUAUUUUAGAUUUUUGUUGGAUGUAUAGAAGUAUCGUGACAAUCAUGACAUGUUUUGUAUUUAUUUGAUGAACACGAUCAUAACUAGCUUGUAUAACGUUAUUAUAUUUGGGAAAUUUGAAUUUGGAAAAAAUAAAAUAGCAUUUUAAGCAUAGAAUUUCAAAUUUCCCUUAAUUAAUAAAGUUGUGAUUCUUUUUAAUAAAAAAAAUUAAAAAAUAAGAAAAUAAACAGAGAACUCUCUUUGUGUUGGCUCAAAAUUCAAAAACCGAUUCGAAUUGGAGGUUGGAAACGGUUUCCCUCUGAUUUUAGUUUUUCUUCUUCUUCUUCUUCUUUAUGGCUCUCAAACUUGAAAUAACCAAAGGUCCUCGAGCCGGAGAAACCUUAGAAUACCGUCCCGGAUUAACCAUUCGAGUCGGUCGUGUUGUUCGGGGUAACAACCUCACCAUCAAAGACUCAGGCAUCUCCACCAAGCACCUCUCCAUCCAAUCAGAAUUUGGAAAAUGGCUACUUCAAGACCUCGGCUCCUCCAACGGCUCUUUUCUCAACGACGAAUUGAUCGACCCCGACGUUCCUGUCGAUCUCAGCGACGGAGACUGCAUCAAGAUUGGAGAAUCUACUUCCAUCUCCGUCAAGAUUGAAGUUGACGAUGGGAGCUGCUUGAGGCGAAACACUAGGCGUGGCCUUCAGGAGAAGCCUGGUGGGGCAAAUCAGGGUAGGAGAGGUAAGGUUGCGAAGGAGAAGGAAGAGGAAUGUGGUUCGGGAGUGGAGAAUGCAGAUGCGGUGGAUGUGGUUGAGAAACCAAGGCGGGGGAGGAAACCUAGGGUUUUGAAGAGCGUGGUUGAGGAGGAGAAGGUGAAAGAGGAGCAAGAUAAGGAAGAGAAAAUGGGGCAGCUGCGGAAAAUGAGAACUAGGCAAACUCAGAGCUCUAAGAAUGAGAAUAUUGCAGUCUCUUGUUCAGUACUUGAGAAAAUUCCAGAGAAUUCUGAAGUAGAAGGUGGGCAAGUCAAGGUAGUAAAUAAGAAGGCUACACGUGCGGCCGGCGGCACAAGGAGAAAGAAGAAUUCACCGGAGAAAUUGCCAGAAUGUGCGGAAGUGAUUGAUCUUAUGUCAAAAAGGGGAAGUAGUUCUGAUUCUAUAGAGAAGUUGGUUGAAUCUGGAAAGGAGUCAGAUUUGGAGAAUAUGACUCUUGAAGAGUGGUUUGAUUAUUUGGAGAUUGCUCUUCCAAAACAGAUAAUUGAAUCAAGUGAGGAGAUGAUCAAGGGUAUGAGACUCAAAGCUGAAAGGGUUCACAAUUACAUGGUAGAGCAGAAGAAUGAAAAGGCCAAAGUGCUUGUAGGCAAGAGUCAGGAGUAGCUAUUGUGUAAGAUGCUAGGCUUUUUCCACAUUUAGCUUAGAGUUCUUCAUUUAGUUUGUGCUGUAAAUAUAGAUAUUAUAUGUAUCUUUCAUUUUUCAUCUUUCUUAGGAAAUUAUUAGUUUGUUAUCAACUAUAUUUACAGUGGAACUUGUUACUAAUUUAAUGCUGGUUGGACUUAUAUUGAAGGUCUUUGUUUUUCAUUUAUGGCUGUUGCUGAUUAAAUGUAUUCAUUCAGUACUUCAUUGGUUUCACCAGCUUA